GUUCUUUUCCUUCCUUGCCCCCCAGGUGUUUGGAUUGUAGCAUAGAGGCACUAUGUACUCAGAGUGGAGAUCCUUGCAUCUUGUCAUUCAAAAUGAUCAGGGGAAUACUAGUGUACUUCACAGCUAUCCUGAAAACGUGGGGAGAGAAGUGGCAAACGCAGUGGUGCGUCCUCUUGGACAAGCUUUAAUUACAUCAUCUGUUGGGAGUGAGAGUUUACUGAAAACGGACAAAGAAGUAAAAUGGACUAUGGAGGUGGUUUGUUACGGCCUGACCCUCCCUCUGGAUGGCGAUACUGUGAAAUACUGCGUCGAUGUAUAUACAGAUUGGAUUAUGGCUCUUGUAUUACCUAAGGACUCCAUUCCUUUACCAGUUAUUAAGGAACCAAACCUUUAUGUUCAAAGCAUUCUCAAACAUCUCCAAAAUCUCUUUGUACCAAGGCCAGAUCCAGGAUCUAGUCAGAUCAGAUUGUGCUUGCAGGUUUUGAAAGCUGUCCAGAAGCUGGCUCAUGAAUCGACAAUUAUGGCAAGAGAAACCUGGGAGGUUUUGUUAUUAUUUCUUCUUCAGAUCAAUGACACUCUUCUAGCAGCUCCAACUGUGCAAGGUGGCAUUGCUGAGAAUCUGGCCGAAAAAUUAAUCGGCGUCUUGUUCGAGGUGUGGUUACUGGCUUGUACACGGUGCUUUCCAACACCACCUUACUGGAAAACUGCCAAAGAGAUGGUGGCCAACUGGCGACAUCACCCUGCAGUAGUGGAGCAAUGGAGCAAGGUCAUCUGUGCCCUUACUUCCAGAUUGCUGCGUUUUACAUAUGGACCUUCAUUUCCUCCAUUUAAAAUUCCUGAUGAAGAUGCUGGUCUGAUUCCUCCUGAAAUGGAUAAUGAGUGCGUUGCACAAACUUGGUUUCGCUUUUUACAUAUGCUGAGUAAUCCUGUGGAUUUGAGUAACCCAGCCAUUAUUAGCUCUACUCCCAAAUUUCAGGAGCAGUUUCUGAAUGUGAGUGGGAUGACUCAAGAACUGAAUCAGUACCCCUGCCUUAAACAUCUGCCUCAAAUAUUCUUUCGUGCCAUGCGUGGGAUCAGCUGUUUAGUGGAUGCAUUCCUAGGCAUUUCACGACCCCGGUCUGAUAGUGCACCACCCACGCCAGUGAAUAGGCUGAGCAUGCCCCAGAACACUGCUAUCAACACCACUCCACCCCACAACCGAAGGCAUCGGGCAGUGACUGUGAAUAAAGCAACAAUGAAAACCAGCACUGUAACUACUGCACACACUUCAAAAGUGCAGCAUCAGCCAUCCUCUACUUCUCCACUGUCUAGCCCAAACCAGACAAGUUCUGAACCACGGCCACUACCAGCUCCUCGCAGGCCAAAGGUUAACAGCAUCUUGAACCUCUUUGGAUCGUGGUUAUUUGAUGCAGCAUUUGUUCACUGUAAACUUCAUAAUGGAAUAAACAGAGACAGCAGCAUGACUGCAUCUUUUAUCCAAAUUCUUCUUUCUUAUAAAUCUUCUAUAGCGACUCAAGCUAGCGUGGAGUUCCGCCGGAAAGGAUCUCAAAUGUCCACAGACACAAUGGCUUCCAACCCCAUGUUUGAUGCAAGUGAAUUCCCAGACAACUAUGAAGCAGGAAGGGCAGAGGCAUGCGGGACACUGUGUAGGAUAUUUUGUAGCAAGAAGACUGGGGAGGAAAUAUUACCAGCUUACCUAUCCCGAUUUUACAUGCUUUUAAUUCAGGGUUUGCAGAUAGCAGAUUUCGUUUGCCACCCCGUUCUUGCCAGUGUUAUUCUAAACUCCCCUCCUUUGUUCUGCUGUGACCUGAAAGGGAUUGAUGUCGUGGUUCCUUAUUUCAUUUCGGCUCUUGAAACUAUUUUACCUGACAGAGAACUCUCAAAGUUUAAAAUCUAUGUAAACCCCACAGAGCUAAGAAGAGCUUCCAUUAACAUCUUGCUGUCUCUGUUGCCUCUCCCUCAUCAUUUUGGAACCAUAAAGUCUGAGGUUGUCCUGGAAGGGAAAUUCAGCAAUGAUGACAGCUCAACAUAUGAUAAGCCAGUAACCUUCCUUUCCUUGAAGCUGAGGCUUGUGAAUAUACUUAUAGGAGCUUUGCAAACGGAAACAGAUCCCAACAACACUCAAAUGAUUCUAGGUGCAAUGUUAAAUAUUGUUCAAGAUUCAGCACUGUUAGAAGCCAUUGGCUGUCAGAUGGAAACGAAUGGUGGUGAAAAUAACCUCUUCAAAAGCCACAGUCGUACUAACAGUGGCAUUAGCACUGCAAGUGGAGGCAGUACGGAGCCCACAACACCAGAUAGUGAGAGACCAGCACAGGCCCUUCUGAGGGAUUAUGCUCUUAAUACAGAUACAGCUGCUGGACUACUGAUACGCAGUAUUCACCUGGUAACUCAAAGACUCAACUCGCAGUGGAGGCAGGACAUGAGUAUUUCACUGGCUGCACUGGAGCUUCUGUCUGGGCUGGCAAAGGUGAAAGUGGCAGUGGAUUCCUCUGAUCGGAAGAGAGCCAUCAGCUCCGUGUGCAGCUACAUCGUGUACCAGUGCAGCCGCCCGGCCCCGCUCCACUCCCGCGACCUUCACUCCAUGAUAGUCGCGGCUUUCCAGUGCCUCUGCGUCUGGCUCACUGAGCACCCGGACAUGCUGGAUGAGAAGGAUUGUUUAAAAGAGGUACUGGAGAUUGUGGAGCUGGGCAUUUCAGGAAGCAAAUCCAAAAACAGUGAACAAGAGGUCAAGUACAAAGGAGAUAAGGAGCCAAACCCAGCAUCCAUGAGAGUGAAGGAUGCUGCUGAAGCUACACUAACGUGUAUUAUGCAGUUACUUGGAGCAUUUCCUUCUCCCAGUGGCCCUGCUUCUCCUUGCAGCUUGGUGAAUGAAACCACAUUAAUUAAAUACUCUCGUCUACCCACCAUAAACAAGCAUAGCUUCCGAUACUUUGUUCUGGAUAACAGUGUCAUCCUGGCAAUGUUGGAGCAGCCUCUAGGGAAUGAACAGAAUGACUCUUUCCCCUCUGUCACGGUUUUGAUCCGUGGGACAUCUGGAAGAUUUGCAUGGGCCCAGCAACUCUGUCUCUUACCAAGAGGAGCUAAAGCAAAUCAAAAGACUUUUGUGCCAGAGCCUCGACCAGCUCCUAAAAAUGAUGUUGGGUUGAAGUACAGUGUGAAGCACCGCCCUUUUCCUGAAGAAGUGGACAAGAUCCCGUUUGUGAAAGCAGACUUGAGCAUUCCUGAUUUACAUGAAAUUGUGAAUGAGGAACUCGAAGAGCGACAUGAGAAGCUGAGGAAUGGCAUGGCCCAGCAGAUUAUUUUUGAGACUUCCAUAGAUCAGAAGAGUGAAGAGGAGUGGCGGAAGAAGAGCUUUCCUGAUCCCAUCACGGAGUGUAAGCCCCCCCCACCGGCACAGGAGUUCCAGACAGCACGCCUCUUCCUCUCUCACUUCGGGUUUCUCUCACUAGAGGCAUUGAAGGAACCUACUAACAGUCGUCUACCUCCUCACCUGAUUGCACUUGACUCAGCUCUUCCUGGUUUUUUUGAUGACCUUGGCUACUUGGAUUUAUUGCCAUGUCGUCCUUUUGAUACUGUUUUCAUUUUCUACAUGAAGGCAGGCCAGAAAACAAGCCAGGAGAUCCUGAAGAACAUGGAGUCUUCCAGAAUUGUUCAGCCACACUUCCUGGAAUUCUUGCUGUCUCUUGGCUGGUCUGUUGAUGUGGGGAAGCACCCUGGAUGGACUGGCCAUGUCUCAACAAGUUGGUCAAUCAAUAGCUGCAGUGAUGAAGAGGGACCUGAACAAGAUGAUCUAAUUAUUUCAGAAGAUGUUGGGGCAAGUAUCUUCAACGGGCAGAAGAAGGUGCUGUAUUAUGCGGAUGCCCUGACAGAAAUAGCUUUUGUUGUCCCAUCCCCAGUGGAGUCCCUAACUGAUUCACUGGAAAGCAGCGUUUCUGACCAAGAAAGUGACUCCAACAUGGAUCUACUGCCAGGAAUAUUGAAGCAGCAGUCUCUGACACUUGAACUCUUCCCCAAUCAUACAGACAAUCUUAAUCCCUCCCAGCGGCUCAGUCCUACUUCCAGAUCCAAGAGGGUGCCUCAGGGCCGGACCAUUCCACCAAUGGGACCUGAAACCAAAGUGUAUGUGGUCUGGGUGGAACGUUACGAUGAUAUAGAAAACUUCCCCCUUCCUGAUCUGGUGUCCGAGACGAGCACUGGUGUGGAAACUACAGCCAACAGUAGCACUUCCCUAAGGUCUACCAUUCCUGAGAAGGAAGUUCCUGUGAUCUUCAUCCAUCCUUUAAACACUGGCUUAUUCAGGAUAAAACUACAAGGAGCAACUGGGAAAUUCAAUAUGGUUAUCCCGUUGGUGGAUGGAAUGAUAGUCAGUAGGAGAGCUCUUGGUUUUUUAGUGAGGCAAACAGUAAUAAACAUCUGUCGGAGGAAGAGGCUGGAAAGUGACUCCUACAACCCCCCCCAUGUCCGCCGAAAACAGAAAAUAGCAGACAUUGUCAAUAAGUACCGCAACAGGCAGCUGGAGCCAGAGUUUUAUACCUCGCUUUUCCAGGAGGUUGGGCUCAAGAACUGCAACCCAUAGGCCAUUAUCCUUCCAGGACAAUUAGAUCAGAGCUUGGUGGCUACAGUAAUGAAAAUGGUUGAAUAACAACAACAAAUUUCCUCAGCCCUCUGGAAUUCAGGAAACGAUAUUCUAGCACAAGUCAGCAGAUACCAUGUGGGAGGAAUGAGAAAUGAAUCCAGAACAUUGCAGUUGUGAUACUGACUUAAUUCACCUACCCUCAGAAGAGUACUUAAUUCCGGUCUUCCUGGAUGCUAUAGCAGCAUAAUCCCUUCACCCAGUCAUCUAUUCCAGACUAAUUAGGAACUGUGUCUCAUUCUGUGAGAGGAAAACAAUCAGAACAAAGCCAUCUCUGCAUAUAAGGAUAGCAAACAAAAUACAAACAAACCUGCCUUCAGACAUCUCGUUAUACCCACAUCUUACAGGAUAAGGGAGCAGGAUCUCUCCUUUGAGGGGAGAGAGGCAGUUUCAGAGCAUUCUAUUUUCCUGCAAGAACUUAAGACAUUUUCAGCCCCCCUUCAGAGCUCAACAGAAGAUCCUUCACUGCUUGUAACCAAUCUGUGUACCAAAAGCAAGAGGAGGAAAAUGGCUUGGAAACACCAGGUCAUGGAUAAAUAGCCAAGAUACAGUUCCCUCCGUGGCUGGGAGUGAGUCCAUCUACCCACGAGGUUUGUCAUGCUGACAACAAACGACACCUGGUAUUACCUGAGUUGUUACUAGAUAAGAGCUCUUGGUUACAGAAACAAGAGGUUUGUGGCUUUCAGGUCUGUUGCAAAAUGUCACGUUUAAUUUUAGUAGCUUGAUUAUUUUAAUUUUUUUAUGCAAUUACUUAAUUUAUUUCCAAGUGUCUGUGUCACCUACUCACCAUGUCCAUAAAAAGCAUGAACAUCCCUUGCUUUCCUUCCAUUGGAUUGAAAUCUGAGAUUCUGGGGCUGCCUCCUGCCUGCUUUAUUUAUAGCAUAAGCAGUUUUCGCAGCUUCUACAACACUUUUCAGAAGCUCUUGUUAAACAGACUAAAACAAGUCCAAAAAACAUUCCAAGUAUUCUUUUUCCCCAUUAAUUCUGCAAUUCCAUGAAAGCCCCUCUGGAGUCAGAAUGUAAAACUGGUUUGGAUUGACUGUGCUGUCUCGUUCCACAGCGGUGGUUCCCCUUCACCUAGGUCAGAAGCUCUCCCUCUCAGACCAUGGAUUUCAUGAGCUCAGGACUCGAAGGAUGUGCUGGGAAAAGGUGUUUACAACUGCAGGAUUUAAUACUGGGAACCUAAAAGCUGCAGUGGGCACCGGCAGCCUCGGAGCGCUUCCAGGCUCCCGGCACACAUCCUGACUUGUGUUGCAGUGAUGAAUCAUCACUGGCACGCCGGGUAGAUGCAGGUUGUGAUCGCUGGCAGCAGCACGUGUCCUUUCCCUUCCAGUAAGCAGGUAAUGGAAGAGUAGGAAUGUGAGCAGGAACUUGGGGAACUCCUCGCAUCAGAAGUGUUUUAGUAGCUUUUUAAUGUGUUGCAGUAAUACCUGCCAGGCAGUUUUUUUGUUUCAGUUAUUUUGCAACAUUUCAGAUCUGAAAUAGUCUCAAUUGUUUGGUUACAACUUAACCUGCCAGGGACAUCUGCUGCUCCUGCCUCUUCAUGUGGCUUUUCACAGAGAGUUAAUGGGAAUGUAGGCCCCUAAAAAUACAUGUGAAAGGACUUUAAGGAUGUUAACCAAGGAGGGUUAGGUUUAGGUGAUGUGUGCUUGUUGCAGGGGACAAGCCCAUUGGCCUCUCAACUCGGGAGCUCUGGAUUUUGAUCCAGAUGCAUCACAAGUGGAAGGAGGAAACCACAUAAAGAAACCUACAGCAGCAGCAAGUA